ACGAAAUUGAGGCCUCAAGGGAGUACUCAACGUUCGACAUCUCAUCGGCUUGAUCGCUAUCGCGAACGGUUCAUUUGAGCAAAAAAGACCUCUCAAAGAGCCGUGCUAAUUUUGAAGACAACAGGUACUUGAAAGGAAACAAAAUAUCACGGGUAGUUCGGCUGAUAACAGCGGAAACAGCCAGCACUGACGAAAAAAAGCUGUUCACGGUUCCUGCAGUGCUAAUACCUGAUUUCGGAGUACCAUGCCGUUAGCAAAGAAAGCAGCCAAGAAUGACGUUAUCAAAGCUUUCCUGACCGAGGCUAAAGAGGAGUUCAAUUCAAAAUGGGAGCACCCCUCUCAGAAUACGGCGAGUUUGGAGGACUUCGAGCGAGUGAAGACCUUGGGUACCGGAUCAUUUGGUCGGGUUAUGCUCGUUCAACAUAAGAGCAGCCACAAAUUUUAUGCCAUGAAAAUUCUAGAUAAACAGAAGGUGGUGAAGCUGAAGCAAGUGGAACACACUUUAAAUGAAAAAAGGAUCCUGCAGGCAAUAACUUUUCCAUUCCUGGUGAACCUGGAAUGGCAUUUUAAGGAUAAUUCCAACUUGUACAUGGUAUUAGAAUUUGUACUUGGAGGUGAGAUGUUUUCUCAUCUACGACGUAUUGGAAGAUUCAGUGAAACACACUCAAGGUUUUAUGCCUCGCAGAUUGUGUUGGCUUUCGAGUACCUUCACUCAUUAGACCUCAUAUACAGGGAUCUAAAACCAGAGAAUCUUCUCAUUGACGAGAAAGGUUACUUAAAGGUAACAGAUUUUGGUUUUGCAAAGAGAGUGAAGGGGAGAACUUGGACUCUGUGUGGAACACCAGAAUACCUGGCACCUGAGAUCAUUCUUAGCAAGGGUUAUAACAAAGCUGUGGAUUGGUGGGCUUUAGGUGUUCUUAUCUAUGAAAUGGCAGCUGGUUACCCUCCUUUCUUUGCCGAUCAGCCAAUUCAGAUUUAUGAAAAGAUUGUCUCUGGCAAGGUACGAUUCCCAUCACAUUUUACAGCUGAUCUGAAAGACUUGCUUCGAAAUCUAUUACAAGUUGAUCUGACAAAAAGAUAUGGAAAUCUAAAGAAUGGCGUGGGAGACAUCCGAGGUCACAAGUGGUUUAGUUCCACAGACUGGAUAGCUAUCUAUCAACGAAAAGUUGAAGCCCCCUUUAUUCCCAAAUGCAAAGGUCCAGGAGAUCCAAGCAACUUUGACGAUUAUGAGGAGGAACCGCUGCGCAUUUCUACCUCUGAGAAGUGUGCAAAAGAAUUUGCUGAUUUCUAAAGAGUAAUCCACUGACUUAAAAAGCCUAUUAUGUACUUAAGUUAUCCUAAAGUGUACAGAACAGUGACUUUAAUAUAUCAAACAGUCUUGGGAGAGGAACAGGCAGGCCCACAACAGACAGACAACAUUUUGCAUGUUGUCUUUUUGCUUAUUGUUCCUUGUAUUGUUCUAGAUCUACUUUAGAAAACCUUUUUAUUUAUAUAAUACAGUUCGAUUAAAAGUAGAUUUCUGCAGAAGUAAUUUUUAAUGGCAGGCAUGUUAAAUGUUUUUUUUUUUGUAAAUUAUACAAUCAUUAAUUUGAAAAUUCUUAUUUCUUGACAUGAGAGUACAUUCUUUUAUCCAAUUACAGUUGCAUCGCUGUGUUCAUGUUUUUAUCUUAGACAAAGAUUUAUAUGCCUGCAAAAUUGUAAACAUCUGCAUAAUUGCUUUCUUGAACAGUUAGAAAUCUUGAUUAGUUUUGGAUCACACAAGUGUUCCCAAUUCUAGAAAAGGAUAAAUUUAUUUAUUUGUGAGACAUUCUCAGCAAAAAAAUAUCAUUGCAAUUUAGUUGUGUCUUCCAAAAUGAUUUCCAUCGCAAAGCAACCAAUGUUCAGACUCUGGGUUCAUUAGUCACUACAUGUUUUAAAUGCCCCUUGGUUGUUUCUUAAAGUUUGAAAAAAUAUACAUAUUCUAGAAGGUUACCCAUGCCUUGUAAGUUUAUUUAUAAUCUAGAAUUAACCCAGGGCAAUAAAAUUUAAAGAGUAAAAUGGAA